UGUGGGCGCGGGUCAGGUCAACCAAUGGCGGGGUGUCUGGGGGCCAGUAGGGGCUGCGGGGCGGUAAUUGGUCAGCCGGGGACAUAAAAGCCCCAGCACGUGACGGCGGGUCAAAGGUUGUGAGGCGGCCGUGGUGGUGGUGGACCAGUCAGCCAGUCACCAGCCAGUCACAAGUCCUUCAGCCACCAGUCCUUCAGUCCGUCUUUAAGUGAUGGCCGGAGUCGCGUCCCUGCACGGUGGCUCCGCACUGCCCCAGCACGGCGGCGUGUUCCCCGGGGCCUCCCAGGUGUCACAGUGGGCAGGCAUGGGCGGCGGGUACGGCCUGGGCGGCUCAGCAGGCUUCCCGUCCCUUUACCCCUUGCACGACCUGGCCUUCCCGCCCACCACGCCCGCCCACCCUCAUCCCAUGGCGCUGGGAGCGGGUUUCUCGCCCCACCAGACCCUAGGGGCGUACGGCGGCAUGCAGCAGCAGCAGCAGCACCAACAACAGCACCAACAACAGCACCAGCACCACUCCCACCAUCAACACCAGCAGGAGGUGCAACCGCAGCAGCAGCAGCAAGUGCAGCAGCAGCCACUGGCGGGGGGCGUGUCUCCCCCCAUGUCACCCCCGCCGGAGCCUGGCACCGUGGUGGGGGGCGAAAAGGACAAAAGCUCAGUGUGGUGGGGUGCGAAUGGCGCGCCGCCCCCUCCGUAUCCCGGACAGUUCCCCGGGGCGGGGGGCGGCGCAGUUCGCGGCGCGGCGCUGCUGCACCACCAGAGUCAGAUCGCCGCAGCGCUGCUCAGAUCCCAGAACACAGUCAACAUCCGGCGCUGCCGCCGCUGCCGCUGCCCGAACUGCCAGGACGCGACCCAGGAGGGCGGCACAGCGGCGGGCAGGAGGAAGCUGCACGUGUGUCACGUGCCGGGCUGCGGCAAGGUGUACGGCAAGACCUCGCACCUCAAGGCACACCUGCGUUGGCACGCGGGGGAGCGCCCCUUCGUGUGUCACUGGAUAUUCUGCAGCCGCGCCUUCACGCGGUCUGACGAACUGCAACGCCACCUGCGAACCCACACGGGCGAGAAGCGCUUCCAGUGCAGCGAGUGUGGAAAGCGCUUCAUGCGCUCAGACCACCUGCACAAGCACAUCCGCACCCACGACUCCAAAAAGCCGCGCCCCGCGCCACCCGCCGCUCCGCAGCCCGGCGUCCCGCACGUCGCCCUCUGCCACGACCACCACGACGACGAGGACGACACCGAGGCGGAGGCUGAGGCUGAGGCUGAGGGGGACGCCGCGCCCCUUGACUCCCUGGCCACCACCACGCUGCCCGACUCCCCCUCUUCAGAAGGUGACCCCCGCCAGGCCUCCCCGGGGGCGCCGCGCCACUACGCCCACCGCCUCCACGACAUCCUCAGCCUCCCCACCGACCCUCUGUGUGUCUGACGCCUCCUCUUCCCCCAACGCCCCUCGCCCCAUCCCAGUGUUGUGUGUGUGUGUGUGUGUGUGUGUGUGUGUGUGUGUGUGUGUGUGUGUAUGGUACUGUUAACCGGCACGUUGCAUUGUAGUGUUGGUCUACACGAAAUAAAGAUAUUUCCUGUCACACUCACUAGUGUUCCUUCCCUUCCAGUCCUCCACACCACUGCCUCUCCUCCCCUUCCUUCCCUCCCAUCCCUCCCUUCCCACUCUCCACCCGGUCAUCCACGCCUUCCCUCCAUCUCAUCCCUUCCAUCCUCUCCCUCCAUCACCCACACAACCACUAUUCC